GGCGUUCAGAAAUAUCCGCAACAACGUAACGUAAUGACACGUGUCAUGGUAUAUACUGCCUUGCGUGUCAUAAGGAAAUAGGCUGGAUUUGUGGUUACCGGCAUUCAUUUUCUGAGCGGCUACUUGAUAGUUCGCUCUGCAUACUUACUUUUCCCUUGCCAGCUUUUGGUGGGGAUUUGAUACAUUCUUCGUCAGAGAGCAGAGCACCUAUCGGAGUUGUGCCCUGCCACUGCAGCAAAGAGACGCUCGCUCUCCGCUCGGACCAUGGGCGGCCUUCCGCGGUGUUUGUUGGCAGCCGGCUGCCUGCUGGCCACUGUUGCCCUCAGCAGUGGCAUCGCUGUCAUGUCGAUUGAUUUCGGCUCAGAGUGGAUCAAGGUCGGAGUAGUUUCGCCCGGCGUGCCGCUGGAUAUCGCCCUGAACCGCGAGUCGAAGCGGAAGACGCCGGCGGCCAUGGCGCUGCGCGACGGUGAGCGGAUCUUUGGCGAGGACGCGCUGACGACGGGCGUGCGAUUCCCGGCGCUCAGUUACCAGUACCUGCUGCGUCUGGCCGGCAAACAGUUCGACAACCCGGCUGUGGCUCAGUUCGCCGCUCACUUCCCGUACUACACGCUGGAGAAGGACCCGGCCCGCGGCACCGUCCUCUUCAGACACGACGCUGAGACGACAUUCUCGGUGGAGGAGCUGCUGUCUAUGAUCGUGACGCAGGCGCGCGUCACCGCCUCGGAGCACACUGGCCAGACGGUAACGGACGCCGUGAUCACCGUGCCGGCCUUCUUCAGCCAGCCGGAGCGGCGCGCGGUGCUGACGGCUGCAGCACUGGCGGGGGUGAAGGUGCUGCAGCUAAUCAACGACAACGCUGCCGUGGCGCUCAACUACGGUAUGUUCCGUCGGAGCGACUUCAACGCCACCACCCAGUACAUCAUGUUCUACGACAUCGGCGCCGACAGCACGGCGGCCAGCCUGGUCGGCUACCAGCUGGUGAAGACCAAGGAGCGCGGCUUCACCGAGACCAACCCGCAGCUCCAGGUCCUCGGAUACGCCUACGACCGGACACUGGGCGGCCUCGAGAUGACGAUGCGCCUGCGGGACCACCUGGCCAAGGUUUUCACCAAGAACAAACGCACCAAGGAGGACAUCUACUCCAGCCCGCGCGCCUUGGCCAAGCUGCUCAAAGAGGCCGAGCGCGUCAAGAAGAUCCUGAGCGCCAACGCCGAGACGGUGGCCCAGGUGGAGGGUCUGCUGGAUGAAGAGGAUUUCAGGCACACUGUGACGCGCGCGGAGUUCGAGGAUAUGUGUGGCGACCUGUUCGGACGCGUGGUGGAGCCGCUGGAUGCUGCCGCGCAGUCGGCCGGCGUGCCGCUUGACGCUAUCGAUCAGCUGAUCCUGGUCGGAGCCGGUACUCGGGUACCCCGGAUCCAGGAGAUGCUGCAGAAGCGCUGGGGCCGCGAGCUCGGCAAGUCGGUGAACACAGACGAGGCGGCGGCGCUGGGCGCCGUGUACCGCGCCGCCGACCUAAGCACCGGCUUCAAGGUGAUGAAGUUCCACAUCAAGGACUACGUCAAGCAGCCGAUCGGCGUGGACUUUGAACGUGACUCCGAGGAGAGCGGCAUGGUCACCACGAGGAAGGUGCACCGCAACCUCUUCACCCUCGGCAACCCGUACCCGCAGAAGAAAGUCAUCACGUUCAACCGCAGCCAGCAGGACUUUGGCUUCACGGUCAACCUCGGUGACCUCAGCCACCUGCCGCCGGAGGAAGUCAGUGUGAUCGGUGGCCAGAACCUGUCGUACGUCCUGCUGGACGGCGUGGCAGACAUCUACGCCAAACACUCGGGCGAGGGAGUCGACUCCAAGGGCAUCAAGGUGCACUUCCAGAUGGACGACAGCGGCCUGCUGCACCUGACGGGCGCCGAGGCCGUGUUCGAGAAGCGCGGCGUCGGCGUAGAGGAGGACCAGGAUGACGCCGGAACCCUGGCCAAGCUCAGCAGCGCCUUCAGUAACCUGUUCAGCGGCGACGAGGAGAAGGACAAGGACGGCAACGUGGAGGAGGGAGAGUCGGAUAGUACGGCACGUGCUGCCAAGGACAAGGAUGCCAAGAAGGAGAAGAAGGACACCGACAAGAAGGAAGACAAGAAGGAUGACAAAGAUAGCAACAAGACGGCCGACGAGACGAAUAAGACGGCCAAGGCCAAGGAGGACACGCCCAAGGUGAAGGUGGUCAAGGUGCCGAUCAAGUUCCACGUGACUAACCUGAACGUGCCGGAUCUGGAGGGCGAGGCACUCGAGAAGGCCAAACUCAAGAUCGCCGACCUGGACGAGGCGGACCGUCAGCGUAAGCGACGCGAACAGGCGCGUAACGCUCUCGAGUCGUACACCAACGAGCUGCAGUCUCGGCUGUACGACGAACCGUAUGAGGAGGCGUCCACCGAGGAGGAGCGCGAGACGCUGCGCACCAAGGCCAGCGAGAUGAGCGACUGGCUCUACGAGGAGGGAUUCCACGAGACGGCCGCCGUCUUCGAGGAGAAACUCGACGCCAUGAAGAAACUCACCAAGGCGCUGUAUGACCGUGUGGAGGAGCACCAGAAGCGGCCGGACGCCGUGCAGGCUCUGCUCGAUAUGCUGAACGCCACCGAUCACUUCAUCACUCAGUCCGAGGACAGUGUCAAACAGGAGAUCAUCUCCGAGACAGAUCUGAGCGGUCUCAAAAAGAUGGUCAACUCGACCAAGGAGUGGCUGAAGGCGAAGCAGGCCGAGCAGAAGAAGACACCGCUCACCGAGUCGCCCAAGCUGCGGCUGAAGCCCAUGGCGGAAAAAUACGUCAGCCUCGACAAGGAGGUCAAGUACGUGGUCACCAAACUGAAGGUGGGCGCCGCCAAGAAGAUCCGCGAUGAGGCCGACGCCAGGGCCAAGGAGGCGGCCGCCAAGGCUGAGGAGGAGCUCAAGAAGAAGGCUAAGGCAGCCGAGGCCGCCUCAAACGAGACGGGGGAGGGCGCCGCCGAGCCGCCGGCCGAGCAGGGUGAGGCCGCGCCGGCCGCGGACCAACAGCAGGCGGAGGUGGAGAAGGAGGCGGCCGCCGAGCCGUCUGACGCGUCCGAGGAGAAUGACGCAGAGUCGGAUAAGAGGAAAGACGAGGAGCAGCCUAGCCCUGAACUGCACACGGAACUGUAGCCGGCCAGUGAGCGGCGCCACCGGGCCGACCGAAUCUCCGGCCGACGAGCCGGCCCACUCAGAGGACAUGGCCGACGGCAGCGGCCCGGGGGCGCCUGACCCCGGGGUCACAGCGGCCCGGCCGCAGAGCGGUCUCUUUUGACGAGUGCUGACGGAGUGGAAGGGCGCUAUGAGUCAGAGAUGGAUGUUAUUAUUUAUUGCCGCCGGUGCAUUAUGUUCACAUUCCAAGCUGGUGACUGUAUUAGGCCGGUGGCACCGGGCCCGGCCCGUCGCGCGUGUUAUGUGUGUUGGUGUGGGGGAGGGGGUCCUUUCCUUUGCCCAGCUCCGGGGGCAGUGCGGCCGGACCGACACGCCACCAGCCGGAACGCACAUGCUGAUAGUAUUGUGAUUGGAAUGUGAAUGGUAACGAAAUUCAGGGGUGUGGACUGUGGAUGUUAUGGUUCUUAUUCUUCACGGACGGAAUGGUUUGAAUGCACUUGUUUUGUUAGAACAAUUCGAUUGUAAUGAAAUAAAGCACCUUUGGAGGAUUGA